AUGGCUAUAUACAUGGAAGGCGCAAGCAGCAGUAAGAAUAAAUCAAGGGAAGCAAAGGAAGGUGAGAGAUCGCAGGUUCAGGCAACGUCCAAGAUGCAAGAACAUUCUUUCUUGACUGAUAGGACAGACGUGAAACAAAUGGAAAAAGGUUUGCUUGACCUUAUGCAUGAUUUUAACCACGGUAAACUGCAUGCGUUUGGAAAAGACUGUACUAUUGAAAAGAUGGAUAAAGUCCGCGAGCUUCAAGAGCGUUUGGCUCAGCUGCAUUUUGAACUUGAUGAUAUGACUGAGGGAUUUGGUGAGGAAGAAGACACCAAAAGUGGGGGAAACCUUGAGAAAUUAAUGAAGAAUUUAGAGACUCUUAGUUCAACUGUUCAAAGUCUACAUCAAGAGAGUUCAACAUAA